AUGUUCCCAGACACGCGGCGCCACAGUCACUUCAAAGGAUUGAAGGUAAUCAACUUCAGGUUCACCAGUAAGGUCCUCCAAAACGAGAUCGACGAGGCCUUCCUCAACAUCCACGUGCAGGAGCUGGAGCAGAGGUUGAAUGUGACCCUGGGCCCCGAGGAGUACUUCUCCAUAGGCCUCCAGAUCAACAGGGUCACGAGGAACAGUCAGGGUAGCAAAGCGUCGGUGCCAUACACGGAGAGCUCCGUGAAGAUGUCCAGGAAGGAGCUGAAGAUCGGAAAAUGGGUCAAGGUGAACGUGACCAACAUGGUGGCGGAAUUCUUCAGGCUGCCGAGGGAGAAUCUAGCAAUAGUUGUGAGAGUACAAGACUCGAAGAAUAGAAUGAGCUUGGUUGUGCCGCAUCCUAGCUCUGAAUCAAACAAUGCAUUGAUGCCAUACAUAGAAGUAAGCCUUAGAGACAAUUCGCACAAGCGCACGCGGCGCACCAUCGGCAUGGACUGCACGGAGAACUCGAAGGAGGUACGCUGCUGCCGCUACCCUCUAGCCGUCAACUUCGAGGAGUUCGGCUGGGACUGGAUCAUAGCGCCGAAGCAGUACGACGCCAACUACUGCAGCGGCGAGUGCCCCUACAGCUUCCUGCAGAAGUACCCCCACACGCACAUCGUCCACUUGGCGGCGCCUCAGGGCAGCGGCGGCCCGUGCUGCGCCCCCAGACGGAUGAGCAGCAUCUCCAUGCUGUACUUCGACCACGACCUGAACAUCAUCUACGGCACCAUUCCGGGUAUGGUCGUGGAGAGCUGCGGUUGCUCA